AUGGCCUCCGAUGACUCGCCGACCGCCGAGCAAUGGGACAAGCUGUGUCGUGGUGUCAAGGCGUCUUUGCUGCCUGAGAUGGGCGAGGAGAGCUGGUAUUUGAUCAUUGCCACCGUCCUCACCACCUCUCCGCGCCCCCACCUCCUAGCCGACUUCUGGACGUACUUGACAACGACCCGGGGCGCCCAAGCCGAAUUCGCCACCGACGAGGCCCAGACCCGACUCUCGGACCGGCUGCGUGACGUGAUGCUCAAGCUACUCACAUUGAUCGGCGCACCGCAGAUGCUCAGUGCGUUGAUCCCGCUCGCCAAAGUACAGACGGCUGGCAAGGGCGAGGAGGCGCGCGGCGAAUUGGAUUUAGAACAAUGGUCAACCACGUCCCUCCCGUCUCUCCACCAACGCGGCAUCGAAACCAUCACCAGCAUCUACGGCACGCUCUGGCCCACCAUCUUCCGCAGCUUCGGCCCGCACCGCCGCGACGUCGGCCUGCACGAACUGACCAUCGUGUACGGGUUGUAUCUGUCCGACUUUGGCGUGUUGAGUGCGCUCGAGACCGAAGUCGUCGCAUACACGUGCAUCACGGCGCAGGGGCUGCGCGGGCCGGCGCUGUGGCAUGUGCGUGGGCUGGGAAGGGUCUUGGGGGCGAGGGGAGGGGAGGGGGAUUCGAAGUCGAAUGACGAAAAGGAAACGGAAACAAAAACAGAAACGAAGCCAGAAUCGGAAACAGAAACAGCAACAAAAACGAAACCAGAAUCGGACUCGCGUUCCGAGCCACCCCAGAUCAGUCGUAUCAAAGAUGUUCUUCGAGGCGUCAGGGCCGCUGUCGCGCGUGCCGUCGAGUUCUGUGGGCCCGAGAUGGUCCAGAGGUCGAGGCUGGAUGGUGGGCCGGACGGCACGCAGGGCUGGCCGGAUGUGGAUGAUGUGGUGGGCUUGGGGGGAUGGGGAGACGAUGAGUAG